AUGCUUUUCAAAACCGCCCCGUCAUCAUGUCUAGCCAUCACGAUUCCGCCCGCUGUGUAUGUUGCGGGGAGCACCAUCGAGGGUGAAGUUGAGGUCAACGUUCGUCAAUUACACGAGGAGGACAUCGAGGAGGUUGUAGUCAAACUCCGCGGAACAUCUGAGACAUGGAUUACUGUGGAUGACAAUGUUCUGCACGAGGCGAUCAAGCUUGUUCAUGAGAACGCGCCUAUAUGGUCUCGAGGCGGCACGUAUCCAACCCCGGAUUCUGAUAUCCUCCGCAUACCUUUCAGUUUCACCCUGCCCAAUGAGCUACCGCCCUCCUUCAGUUAUCGACCUCGUUUGGCCCAUUAUAUCGCAGAUGUUCGAUAUUCGGUGACUGCGGUUGGCGUGCGUAAGGGACUUUUUCAUUUCAACAAGCGUCACCGAGUUCCUCUCGCCGUUCUACCGAAGGACGACCGUGGUGCAUUGAUGAAGGAGGCAUACGUCACUACUGGAUGGAAGACAUUCACAAAGGAAGAAAAGAUCCGUAGGGGACUAUGGGGAGAGUACUCCACGGUGCACGUCGAGCUCGCUAUCCCGAACAUUCCAGUCCUGCCUCUUUUCUCGGAUAUCCCUUAUACUAUUACCAUUACGACCAUCACCGCACCCUCCUCCCGUGCAAAGUCAAGGGAGCAUAACAGCGAUCAACCCAGUUUUCCUCCCGUGCCACGCGACCCGCACGAUAUCAAGUUCGGCCUUUACCAAUCGUUGGUUAUACGUGCGCUCGGUGUCAAGGGUAAGGAGAAAAAUUGUGUCACGACCAUCCUUGGCAGCACGAAGGAGAGGCGGCCCCAAGCCCCCGUUGAAUCCAGCUUCCCCGAGAAGGAGUGGGUGCCGCUUCACGGCGGGUCGCUCGGCGCUGAGAAGGAGAAAGAUAGGUCGGGAGAUGACGGGACGAAGGGCUCGUGGACUCAGCGUGCGAUAUUCGAGUCUACAUUCCGGCUGAAUUGUCCGUGCUCUUUCGCGGUAGACAACAUAGAAUGCAGUUACUCGCUUGUGGUCAAUGUGCCCUUCCCAGGAAUCGGCAACGACCUGAAGCUGGUGGUACUUGUGACGGUUUCCUCCGGUAUCGUCAAGUCUCUGGCUCAAGACCCAGUGGCAGCUAGCGAUGAUGCACCGAUCCUAGACCUCCCCCCUGCGUACUGGGAUCUUAACGACAAGAAAUGGGAUGCAGACGAGAAGGAGUAG